GGAGACGUUUGCUGCGUAGUCUCUGCUGCUGCGCCAUUCCCUAUUUGUUUUCUUUGUGAGAAUCCUCGCAGUUAUUGAGGUUUGAAUUCAGGGAAGGUGUGAAACAAAGAACCAAGAAUGUCUUAUGCAUAUCUUUUCAAGUAUAUUAUCAUAGGCGACACAGGUGUGGGCAAAUCCUGCCUCCUAUUGCAGUUCACAGACAAAAGAUUUCAGCCUGUACACGACCUGACCAUUGGCGUGGAGUUCGGCGCCCGCAUGAUUACCAUCGAUGGCAAACAAGUCAAACUGCAGAUCUGGGACACGGCGGGUCAGGAGGCGUUCCGGUCCAUCACGCGCUCCUACUACCGCGGCGCGGCCGGCGCGCUGCUCGUGUACGACAUCACUAGGCGCGACACGUUCAACCACCUCACCACGUGGCUGGAGGACGCGCGGCAGCACUCCAACUCCAACAUGGUCAUCAUGCUCAUCGGCAACAAGAGCGACCUGGAGUCGCGGAGAGACGUGAAGCGCGAGGAGGGCGAGGCGUUCGCGCGCGAGCACGGCCUCAUCUUCAUG